CUCCCCAUCAUCCUAUGAAACUCCCAGAGUUUUGAUUUCCCACACACAACUGAAGAACAGAUAAUUUUAUUUAUUGAAAGGGUCUCAGUCCCCAUUUUCCUGUCACUGUUUUCAAUUCUUUGAACUCCCCUUUUCAAUCAAUCACCGAUCAUUUCGGCCUUUUCGUUUAGUUUAUUGUUCUGUCAAGUACAGGUGGGUGCAUGAGAUAACCAUAACUUUGUUUGGAUUACUGGGUGCUCUUUUGAUCUUGAUGUUCUUGAUGUUCUUGAUGUUCUUGGAUGCAAUCUGCCUUUUGGUCUCUACUUCAACAUUUUGAGUACUAGUUAGCUCAGCUGAACUGAAACAAUCGGUAGCUAUUUAAUUGAAGGGGUUAGUUAAAUGGCAACCAUCGUUGACAUAGGAGUCGGGGCAGCCAUUAACAUUCUUAGUGCCUUUGCGUUCUUUCUAGUAUUUGCUUUACUUAGAAUACAGCCAGUUAACGACAGGGUCUAUUUUCCCAAAUGGUAUAUCAAAGGCUUAAGAGGAAGUCCAUUGUCCAGUGGUGCAAUUGUAGGCCGAAUUAUCAAUUUGGAUUUUAGAUCAUACUUGAAGUUUCUGAACUGGAUGGUUGCAGCUUUGCAAAUGCCAGAACCCGAGUUAAUCGAUCACGCCGGGCUUGAUUCUGCUGUUUAUCUGAGGAUUUACUUGUUAGGGCUCAAAAUUUUUGUGCCCAUUGCAUGUCUGGCCUUCACAAUCAUGGUGCCUGUUAAUUGGACAAAUGGAACUUUGGAGCGUUCUUCUUUGAACUACAGCAAUAUAGACAAGCUUUCCAUUUCUAACAUUCCUAUUGGAUCACGUAGAUUCUGGACCCAUUUGGUAAUGGCUUAUGUUUUUACCUUUUGGACUUGCUAUGUGUUGAAAAAGGAGUAUGAGACUGUUGCCACAAUGAGGCUGCAUUUUCUUGCAUCUGAAAACCGGCGUCCUGAUCAGUUCACAGUGAUUGUUAGAAAUGUACCACCAGACCCGGAUGAAUCCGUUAGCGAGCUUGUUGAACAUUUUUUCCUGGUCAAUCAUCCUGAACAUUAUUUAACUCAUCAGAUUGUUUAUGAUGCAAACAAACUCUCUAAGUUGGUUGAGGAGAAGAAAAAAAUGCAGAAUUGGCUAGAUUUCUACCAACUUAAAUAUUCUCGAAACCAGUCUAAGAGGGCCACUAUGAAGACUGGUUUUCUAGGUCUUUGGGGAGACGAGGUCGACGCCAUAAAUUAUUAUUCGUCAAAAAUCGAAAUCCUAUCAAAAGAAAUAUCACUGGAGGCUGAUAAGACAGUGAACCAUCCUAAAUCAAUCAUGCCAGCAGCUUUCGUUUCUUUCAAAUCUCGGUGGGGUGCUGCUGUUUGUGCACAAACUCAACAGUCAAGAAAUCCAACCAUUUGGUUGACAGAAUGGGCUCCCGAGCCCCGUGAUGUGUACUGGGAUAACCUGGCGAUCCCUUUCGUGUCACUGGCAAUCAGGAGGCUUAUUGCUGGAGUUGCCUUCUUUUUCCUUACCUUCUUUUUCAUGAUACCCAUUGCAUUGGUUCAGUCCCUAGCAAACCUUGAGAGUAUUGAGAAAACGGCUCCCUUCCUCAAACCCAUUAUUGAAUUGGAUUUCAUUAAGUCAGUUAUCCAAGGUUUUCUUCCCGGAAUCGCUUUGAAGAUUUUCCUCAUCUUUCUUCCUUCAAUACUGAUGUUAAUGUCGAAAUUCGAAGGAUUUAUUAGUCGAUCGUCUUUGGAGAGAAGAUCCGCCAACAAAUAUUACAUUUUCCUGUUUGUUAAUGUGUUUCUUGGCAGUAUAAUCACUGGAACCGCAUUCCAGCAACUAAAUAACUUCCUACACCAGUCUGCAAACGACAUUCCGAAGACGAUUGGCGUCUCCAUCCCCAUGAAGGCAACUUUCUUUAUUACCUUCAUAAUGGUGGAUGGUUGGGCUGGAAUUGCUGCUGAGAUUCUGAGGCUUAGGCCUUUGAUCAUUUACCACCUUAGGAACUUCUUCUUGGUGAAGACUGAAAAGGAUAGAGAAGAAGCCAUGGAUCCAGGAACUCUGGAGUUCAACGUGGGCGAGCCUCGAAUUCAACUCUAUUUCUUACUUGGCCUUGUUUAUGCUGUCGUCACACCUCUUCUCCUUCCGUUCAUUGUAGUCUUCUUCGCAUUGGCAUAUGUUGUCUACCGUCAUCAGAUCAUAAAUGUGUACAACCAAGAGUAUGAAAGCGCAGCAGCAUUCUGGCCCGAUGUCCAUGGGCGGAUUAUUGUCGCCUUAGUUGUUUCACAGCUAUUAUUAAUGGGACUACUCAGUACAAAAGAAGCUGCUCAAUCAACUCCCUUGCUCAUCACAUUGCCAAUAUUGACUAUAUGGUUUCACUUGUUCUGUAAAGACCGUUACGAACCCGCUUUUGUUCGAUAUCCCUUACAGGAAGCAAUGAUGAAAGAUACAUUGGAGCGAACAAGGGAGCCAAACUUGAACUUGAAAGGAUUCCUUCAAAAUGCAUACGUUCAUCCAGUUUUCAAGCACGACGAAGACGACGUAGAAAUCGAAACGGAUUCUGAAGAUGGGCGACAUGGGCCAGUGCUGGUGCCAACAAAACGGCAUUCUCGUAGGAAUACGCCAUUGCCAAGCAAGCACAGCGGUCCCUUAUCGUCUUCACGUUCAGAAGUUGAUGGAGGAGUUUCAUAACAUUCAGAAGUGGUGAGCUUGCUAUUGUUUUUUAAUGGUGUGUGUAUAUUCACUUGAUGAGAAAGGGGGGAGGACACUGUAAAUGAUGAGUUAGGAUAGACGCUUAGAAAAGUUAUUAAAACUGACAAAUAGUGCAGAUUUUGUGUUCUGUUUUGUUCUUAUAUAGUGAAUUUGGAAUA